AUGUUCGAUUUUUUCAGUUUGUGUAUCUUUCGUUUUUUUUUCUCUUUCUUUCUUUCUUUCUUUCUUUCUUUCUUUCUUUCUUUCUUUUUUCCUGUCUUAUUCCAGACCUACCUACUUUUUUUUAUCUUUCCUGGUUGCUCUUUCUUUCUUUCUUUCUUUCUUUCUUUCUUUCUUUCCGGUCUGUGUUUUUUCUUCUUUUCUUAUCCUUUUUUCUUUCUCUCCUUCUUUUAUCCAUUUUUCUUUCCCUUUCCUGACCAGUCUUUCUUUCCUCCCUUGUUUUUUGUUUGUUUGUUUUAUUUCUGUCUUUCUUUGAAUUUCUUGCAUGUUCUUUCUUUCGAUUUUUGCUUCUUUUCUCUCUGUUUAUCUGCUUCUAUAUUUUUCUUUUUCUUUCCGGAACAUUAUUUUCUUUCUUUCUUUCUUUCUUUCUUUCUUUCUUUCUUUCUUUCUUUCUUUCUUAAAAUGGCCAACAGCGAAAAAACAUUUAUCCCUUUUUUUUUCUCGUUAAUUAUCGCGAAUAUCUGCCGGCGAUUUUUAAAUGAGGCAUCUUCCGGUGCGGUGAAGUCUGGUUCGAUGUAUUUGCGACUGACACAUACACUUAUCUAUCUAUCUAUCUAUCUAUCUAUCUAUCUAUCUAUCUAUUCUAAACUGGUUUCUAUCUAUCUAUCUAUCUAUUCUAAACUGGUUUCUAUCUAUCUAUCUAUCUAUUCUAAACUGGUUUCUCUCUAUCUAUCUAUCUAUCUAUCUAUCUAUUCUAAACUGGUUUCUAUCUAUCUAUCUAUCUAUCUAUCUAUCUAUCUAUCUAUCUAUCUAUCUAUCUAUCUGUUUGUCUGUCUGUCUGUCUGUGUCCAGUUACUUCCCUAUUAUGUAAUUCAACAGUUAUCUAUGUUAAAACUCAUAAGUACCCACAACAAAGUUUCAUAA